GCCGGCUUCGCGUGUUGUCAAACGGCGUCUUUAUCCUUAGUUUUGGUAAAACUUUGUUGUUGUUGUUAUGUCGCAGCAGGAGGAGAGCGGAAUGUUCAGGAUUCUGCUCGCAGAGAAAGACAAAGAGAUUUCUGCUCUGAAGGACAAACUGUCUCAGCUGGAAAAGAGACACUCGUCCGUGCUGCAGCUGCACCACGAGGUGACGUCUCUGACGCCCGUGACAGCCAAAAGCGUCCUCUGCAACGAGGACAUCAUGAGGUACAGCAGACAGCUUCUCCUUCCUGAGCUUGGCGUACGAGGGCAGCUGGAAUUAGCAAAGACCUCGGUUCUGGUUGUGGGCUGUGGAGGACUCGGCUGCCCUCUGGCACAGUAUCUGGCUGCAGCAGGCAUUGGGCGUUUGGGCCUGCUGGAUUAUGAUGAGGUGGAGCUGUCCAACCUGCACCGACAGGUGCUGCACAGCGAGGAGAACCAGGGCCAGGCCAAGGCUCUGUCUGCUGCUAACGCCGUCAGGAGGUUGAACUCCACAGUGGAAUGUGUUCCCUACCACCUGCAGCUGUCCUCAGAGAACGCCUUACAACUCAUUCAACAAUAUGACAUCGUGGCUGAUUGUUCAGAUAAUGUCCCCACUCGUUAUCUUGUGAAUGACGCCUGCGUGCUCAGUGGCAAACCUCUGGUGUCAGCGAGCGCCCUGAGAAUGGAGGGACAGUUGACAGUAUAUAACUACCGUGGAGGCCCCUGUUACAGAUGUCUGUACCCAGUCCCGCCGCCCCCAGAGACUGUGACCAAUUGUUCUGACGGAGGGGUGUUAGGAGUGGUUCCAGGGAUGAUGGGCUGCUUUCAGGCACUGGAAGUUCUCAAGAUAGCCUCUGGUCAAGUCUCGUCUUGCAGCCAGCAGCUGGUGAUGUUUGAUGCUGUCAGUGCCAGAUUCAGGUCCAUCAAGCUACGGCCCAAACAGGCCGGCUGUGCGGUGUGCGGAGAGAACCCGACUGUGACCCAGCUGGUGGACUAUGAGACCUUCUGUGGAUCUUCUGCCACAGAUAAGUGUCGCAGACUCAACCUCCUCUCCGCAGACCAAAGGAUCACGGUGCAGGAUUAUAAAUCAAUAAUGGAGAGCUCAGUGCCCCAUCUAUUGUUGGAUGUGCGCCCUCUGGUGGAGGUGGAUAUAUGCCAGUUACCCUUUUCUCUUCACAUUCCACUUUCCAGUUUAGCAGACAGGAAACAGGAGCACAUCCGGCUGCUUCAGGAGCGACUCGGUCAUCUGAAGCAGCAGAUGUCAGGCGACUGUCAGCCUCCAGUUUAUGUGAUCUGUAAGCUCGGUAACGACUCUCAGACGGCGGUGCAGCUUCUGCAGAAGAUGAGCGGCUCAGAACUGGACGCAAUGGUUGUGAAAGACGUGCAUGGAGGUCUGAUGGCCUGGGCACGGAAAAUCGACCCCAACUUUCCUCAGUAUUAAUGAAUAAACUUUUCCAUUGUUAUUCU